AUGGUCAAGGGAAUUCGGCCUGGCCAGGCUGUGGAGCGGCUCAAGCGCUGCAAGGAAGAGUACGAGGUGCAUGGUCGAAAACGCCAGAUUUUCGCACUCGGUGAGGAUCUCUUUGGCCUUCCUCAUCAAACAUAUCCCCAGCUUGACCAGACAGAGAAGGAGCUCGAUUACUUGAGCCAGCUGUACGACUUGUACACGGCAGUUCUGGAGACCAUUGGCCGCUGGAAGGACUAUCUGUGGGUUGAGGUACCGGGCGAGAUGGAGAACAUGAAGAAAGAGGCUGACCAGUUCGCGUUCCGAUGCAAAAAGAUGCCUGGACAGCUUCGAGAGUGGCCGGCGUACCACGAGCUGAAGCACGAGAUAGAAGACUUUCAGCAGGUGCUCCCUUUGCUGAUGGAGCUGUCGAAGAAAAGCAUCCAGCAGCGCCACUGGCAGCAGGUGAACGACAUCACUGGGAAAGACUUGCAGGUUGAACGGGAAGACUUCAAGCUUCAGUCUCUUAUUGAUGCGAAGCUCAACGAUUUCAAGGACGAUAUCCAAGACAUAACUGAGUCGGCAGACAAGCAGCAAAUCAUCGAGGAAAAGCUCGCAGAUAUCACGGCUCAGUGGAAUACCAUGUCUUUCGAGUUCUCCACAUGGAAGUCGCGUGAGGUCCCCUGCGUCUUGGUCGGUAGCAAAGUCACAGAGGUACAAGAAGCCUUGGAGGAAACGCAGAUGUUUCUCAAUGCCAUGAAUGCCCAGCGGCAGUCGGGGCCUUUCAAAGAAGAGCUCAUGGCCCUCAUCACGACGCUUUCCGACACCGCCGACACCAUCGAGCGCUGGUACAAGGUACAGCAGAUGUGGACUUCGUUGGAGAGCGUUUUUACAGGCGGAGACAUUGCGAAGCAGAUGCCCAUGGAGGCGAAGAAAUUCGGACAGAUCGACAAGGACUGGCUGAAGAUCAUGCACAAGUCGGCCGAGACGAUGAAUGUGGUGGAUUGCUGUCAGAACGAGCUGCUACGCCAGAUGAUGCCAGUUCUUCUGGCUGGCUUGGAGACGUGUCAAAAGUCGUUGGAAAGCUACUUGGAAGGAAAGCGGCAGAAGUUUCCACGCUUCUUCUUCACUUCAGAUCCGGUCCUCCUGAAGAUUCUGUCGCAAGGAAGCGACCCAGAGACCAUCCAGGACGACUUUGAGAAGCUCUUCGACGCAAUCAGCCGCGUCACGUUUGACAAGAUCGACCGCCGCAAGAUCAAGGAGAUCAAGAGUGUUGCUGGAAAUUCGGAUGAGCGAGUCAUACUACAGGCACCCGUGAUGGCACAAGGCAAUAUAGAGGAGUGGCUGCAAAACCUCGAAGCAGAGAUGCAGCGAAGCGUGCGUCGGGAAUGCAGGCUGGCAGCCGGAGAGUGUGGAAGUGUGAUUUCGUCCAUUCCGGUGCAAAGCUUCGCAGACAAGUAUAUCGCCCAAGUUGCAUUGCUGGGAAUCCAGCUGAUUUGGACGACAGACUUCCAGCAGGCAUUGACAACCUUGGCGCGAGAGAAGGACAAGACGGUCAUGACGUCCACCCGGAACAAGUUCGGGCAGCUGCUGACGGACCUCAUCCAAGUUUGCCUACAGGGUGACCUGUCCAAGCUGAGGCGUAUCAAAUAUGAAACGCUCGUGACGAUCCAUGUCCAUCAAAAGGAUCUUUUCAUGGAGGUCAUGAAGAAGCCAAAGGACAUGAAGGUCAAAGACGAGAAUGAUUUCGAAUGGCUGAAGCAGACACGGAUGUAUUGGCGCACGGAGAACGACCACGCCGUUAUCUCCAUUGCCGAUGUCGACUUCAUCUACUCCUACGAAUACUUGGGAUGUAAGGAGCGGCUGGUCAUCACGGCCUUGACCGACCGAUGUUACUUGACGCAGUCACAAGCUUUGGGCAUGUUCUUCGGCGGCGCGCCAGCUGGUCCAGCAGGAACGGGGAAGACGGAGACGACCAAGGACAUGGGCCGGACAUUGGGCAUCUUCGUGGUGGUGACGAAUUGCUCUGACCAACACCGCUUCAAGGAUAUGGCGAAGAUCUUCAAAGGCUUAUGCAUGAGUGGCCUUUGGGGAUGCUUUGACGAGUUCAACCGCAUCGAGCUGGAAGUUUUGAGCGUGGUGGCCACCCAAAUUGAAUCCAUCAUGCAGGCCAAGAAGCAGAACGCCAAGACUUUCCUCUUCCCGGGUGAACCCUAUCCAAUCAAGCUCGUGGCGUCGGUGGGCUAUUUCAUCACCAUGAACCCAGGUUAUGCUGGACGGCAAGAGUUGCCAGAGAAUUUGAAGGUCUUGUUCCGGGGUGUCUCCAUGAUGGUACCGAACCGUGAAACAAUUAUGCGGGUCAAGUUGGCCUCAGUCGGAUACGUGUACAUGGACACUCUUGGCAAGAAGUUCAACAUCUUGUACGCACUCUGCGAGCAGCAGCUCAGCAAGCAGCGGCACUACGAUUUCGGAUUGAGGAACAUCCUGAGCGUCCUCCGUCAGUCCGGUGCCGUAAAAAGAGGAGAGCCAGCGGAUGCUGACGAGGAGAUGCUGUUCAUGCGUACAGUGCGGGACAUGAACUUGUCAAAGCUGGUUGCUGACGAUGUGCCUUUGUUCAUGGCUUUGCUGAAGGAUCUAUUCCCCAAGGUGAAUGAUCCACCAAAGAAGACAUAUGACAGCCUCGAGGCUGCUGUCAAUAAGCUGGCUGAGAAGGAACGGCUCUUCGGGAAGGACACUUGGCUGCUCAAGAUCGUCCAGCUUUAUGAGAUAUCCUUGGUACGGCACGGCUUCAUGCUUGUAGGCCCAACCCUUUGCGGGAAGUCCCGCAUCAUGCAGACACUGACUACCGCCAUGACGGAGGAUUCCGAGAGGCCGCUGCCGCACAAGCUACAGGUCAUGAAUCCCAAGGCAAUCACUGAUGCCCAAAUGUACGGCGUCAAGGAUGCCUCGAGCGAUGAGUGGACGCCCGGUGUGUUUGCCACCAUAUGGCAGCAGCGCAACAAUCGUGCACUGAAGUACCACACCUGGAUUGUUUGCGACGGACCCAUCGAUGCGAUCUGGAUUGAAAACCUGAAUACUGUCCUGGAUGACAACAAGAUUCUGACCUUGGCAAACAAUGAUCGAAUCCCCAUGACUGACAACUGCCGCAUUGUGUUCGAAGUUGAAAGCCUCCGAAACGCAUCCCCCGCGACGGUUUCACGUGCGGGCAUCAUCUUCGUCUCUACGUCAGAUCUGGGAUGGGAACCGAUUGUGGAGUCCUGGUACAUGCAGCGUUUGGACAUGGGCGUCAGCAGGCAUCAAGAGGUUGAAGUCAUCCGGACUGCCGUGGAGGGAUGGCUGAAAGCUGCACCACCUGAUGGUGGCUCUGCAGUCGACUUCUUUGAUUGGAUUGAUCGGAAUCUGAAGUCAUCCAUGUCGACAAACGAGUCCAUUGUAAUCACCAACAUACUCAACCUUUUGUCGGCUUCUUUGCGCACGCAUGUGGUCGUGAACGAGGCUGUGCAGGAAGCUGCCUGCCUUCGAGUUUUUGCUGGAGCCUGA